UUUAAGGCAUUUCCUAAUAUAAUUAAUCUGUGUUUCUCUUUAAGAAAAUAGCUUCACUGAAUGUUCUUUUUUGAAACUAGUCUUAGUAAAAUUAGAAUUGCUUCAAAUUGUGUGAAUGAAUUUGUGGAAAUAUUGGCAAAAGACAAGAUUUGCAUCUUUAAGCACUGUGAACUCAUUAAAAUUCUUCUCAUGGAUAAUUAGAGUAAAGUGAAUGAAAAAGAAAAUUUAACAGUAAGCAGCUCUCAGACACUGCGACAUUUCAAGCAUGUUAAAAUCAGAAAGAAAUAGCUUUUGUAGCAGUAGUCUCCUCCUCUUGUAUUACGUGUUGUUUUUUUCUAACAAAUAGCCAGUUACUAUUGGUUUAUUUGGUUUUCCAAGUAGCUCAUUUAUGCCUGAUCUGUACAGUUCUUCAGCAUAUUUGUGAUCAGCUUUGCAGGAUUUGUCAGCAUGCCUAACAGUGGAAAGACUCUCACAAAACAGUUGCAGACUGAAAAUGCAAGGAAUGUUUCAGGAAGCUGUGAAAAUGGAGCCUUUACAGAUGCACAGACUGUUGGCAGGAAUCUGCUACCUCAUUUAGAGGAGACCCGGGGUGAAGGCAUAGAGCCAGCAGAUUCUCUGUGGACUUCUUUUGCUGAUGGCAGAGUCAGACUGAGAAUAGAUAACUCAUGCCCACAGACUCCCAUAACAGUUCAUCAGAUGUUCAAGGAGAGCCUGGAAAAAUAUGGAUCCCUUAAUGCUUUGGCCAGCAAAAAGAAUGGAAAAUGGGAGAAAAUAACUUUUUCAGAAUAUUAUUGCCUCUCUAGGAAAGCGGCCAAGAGCUUCUUGAAGCUUGGUCUUGAACGAUUCCAUAGCGUAGCAAUCCUUGGAUUUAAUUCUCCAGAGUGGUUCAUCUCAGCUGUUGGAGCUAUUUUUGCAGGAGGAAUUGUCACAGGAAUAUAUGCAACCAAUUCUCCAGAGGCCUGUCACUACAUUGCCCAUGACAGCAAGACUGAUAUCAUGGUUGUGGAAAAUCAGAAACAGCUGGACAAGAUAAUGCAGAUCUGGAAUCGGUUGCCCCACUUGAAGGCUGUGGUGCUAUAUAAGGACUCCAUUGCAGAGAGACAUCCAAAUCUGUACAUGAUGGAAGAGUUUCUGGAGCUGGGAGAUGACAUCUCUGACAGUACUUUGGAUGACAUUAUUAACUCCCAAAAGCCAAAUCAGUGCUGUGUUCUGAUAUACACCUCCGGAACAACUGGGAAGCCAAAAGGAGCCAUGCUGAGUCAUGACAACAUAACUUGGACAUCAGCCCAUUGCAGCAGAGCAGGAGGUAUGCAACCUGCAGAGGUCCAGCAGGAAUCUAUAGUCAGUUAUCUCCCACUCAGCCAUAUAGCUGCACAGAUCUAUGACCUGUGGACUGGAAUCAAAUGGGGAGAGCAAGUUUACUUUGCUGAGCCAGAUGCUCUAAAGGGCAGCUUGAUCAACACACUAAAAGAAGUGCAGCCAACAUCUCAUAUGGGAGUUCCCCGAGUGUGGGAGAAAAUCAUGGAGAAAUUAAAGGAUGCUUCUGCUCAGUCAGGAUUUAUGAAAAAGAAAAUGCUUUCCUGGGCUAUGUCACUUAGCUUAGAGAAGAACCUGCAUGGCUCAAACAGCAGUGAUCUAAAGCAGCUCUGGACAAGAUUAGCAGACUACUUAGUGCUUGCAAAAAUCCGUAGUGCACUGGGGCUUUCUUCCUGUCAGAAGCACUUUUCUGGUGCUGCUCCUCUCAGUACAGAAACGCUGUGUUUCUUCUUGGGUCUGAACAUCACCCUGUAUGAGGCCUAUGGGAUGAGUGAGACCACAGGCCCACAUUGCCUGUCUGGGCCUUACAUUUACAGGCAGCACAGCUGUGGUAAGCCAGUACCUGGAUGCAGAGUGAAACUGGUGGACAAAGAUACAGAAGGCAAUGGAGAAAUCUGUUUCUGGGGAAGGACUGUUUUCAUGGGUUAUCUAAAUAUGGAAGACAGAACAAAAGAAUCCUUUGAUGAGGAGGGGUGGCUGCAUUCUGGAGAUUUAGGAAAGCUAGACAAUGAUGGCUUUCUCUAUGUCACUGGAAGAAUUAAAGAUUUGAUUAUUACAGCUGGAGGUGAAAAUGUGCCUCCAAUCCCAAUCGAAGAUGCUGUUAAAAAAGAACUCCCAAUUGUUAGUAAUGCUAUGGUGAUUGGAGAUAAAAAGAAGUUUUUGUCAAUGUUCCUGACCCUAAAGAGUGUGCUGGACCCAGAUACAUCUGAUCCUACUGACAUUCUCACAGAGCAAGCCAGAGAUUUCUGCCAGAGGAGUGGUAGUAAAGCCACCAAAGUGUCCGAUAUUGUAGCCACAAGAGACCAGGCGACCUACAGAGCCAUCCAGGAGGGAAUAGACAGAGUCAACAGCACUGCUACCAACAGGGUUCAUUGCAUUCAGAAAUGGAUUGUCUUGCCAAGAGAUUUUUCCAUUUCUGGGGGAGAACUAGGUCCCACAAUGAAGCUGAAGCGGCUCGCUGUGCUCGAGAAAUACCGAAAUGAAGUAGACUCCUUCUAUAAAGAAUAAAAAGUGUUUCCUCCAAGCAUUAAAAAAGAUCUGUGAACAAAAGGAAGUAUUUUCUCAUCAACAGCAUUAACAAAGAUUUAUGCUUUAAGUUUGUAGUCUAUUGAACCACACUAGAAAGCUGCUGUCAAUUUAGUUGUUCCUGAUACUCACCUGAUCAUUUGUCCUUUUUAUACAGAAGCAUCUACAGUAUGUCCAUUCUCUAAUACUUAUUUUACUUUAUGAUCUUAAUGAUUAAAACAUCUUUCUGUGUUGUAUAAAGCAGAUAUAAUUCCUCUAGAUUGAAAUAUAACAAAUUUUUUAUAGUCUUCCAUUUUUCUUUUUUUUUCUUUUGUUCUACAGGAUGUUUUUUAUAGCUCAUGAUAUAUUUUGCUAGAUAGCAGUACUCCUUAAUGAAACUAUCAUACCACUCCAGUGAUAAUUAUUAAAAAAAAAAUUACAAAUCAAAAGGGGUGGGAUUUUUUUCCCCUUCCCAAAGAACACUUGUUCACAAACACAUUUCAGAACCUGAAGACACUCCUGUUUCUGUAAUGCCUAGAAUACAGACUUCUGUGAACACAGCAGUUCCACUUCUUAAGUCCAUGUUGGAAAAAGCAUUACUAUUUUUCAUAAAAACAAAUAAUCAGAAGUAUGGGAAUAGCUCCCUAAGACUGAAAGGAACAAAGGAAUAACUACAGGAGCUCUCACAUGAAAAUGCUAUUACAGAAACUUCUUUAAAAUGAUUUACAGUGCUUUUCUUUGAGCAGUGUAUCUGCAUGUUUCACAUUGCACUAAUUCUGACAAAUGUGGACUGUGUUUCUUCUUACCCAUAUGCAAAAUAAAUCAUAUUAUGAGAAGGAAAUGCUUGGCACAAAGUUGUGUAAAGGGUGUGGUGUAAGUGAUCUCUGGCAGACAGCUCUAGUAGCUCACACAGGCAAGGCAGGCCACAGCCUGUUAUUGAGACAAAGAAAUGAUGCAGGACAGGAUAAGGUUUCUAUAAAAGUUCCAUUACCAAUCUCACACAUCUUACAGAGCUAAGAUUUGUUGCAAGUACCAACAAUCAGCUCAGUAUAUAAGACAAAGCAGCAGCCUAGGAUUAUAAAAACAAAACGAGCGAUAGGACUUUGAAAAGUUUAUUCUUCCCCAUUUUGUGCGCAAUGGUAAUUCAGAAUUUCUUUAACAAUAUUAACCUUAAGGAAACAAAGAAGCAGCAGCUAGGAAAACACAGAAAGGAAGGUUGCACUAUUCACAAAAAGCAGAAUGUGGGAGGAAUAAAUCUCCUCCAGCAUGUUGUAAGAC